AUGCCUCCAAACCGUGUGCGUCAGCUGCCUCGACAGCCAUCUUCUACGCCAUACCGCGCACCCUUAAAUCCACCGAGGCGUCGCGGUCCGCAAUUAGACGUGUAUACACGUACUAAAAUUACUACUCUACGCUCAGAGGGUCUCAAAUAUAAAGAAAUUCACGCCCGUCUGCCUCAUAUUCCUUUCGGAACAAUUGCAUCGACUUGUUAUCUCGAAAAUAAGCGAGAAAAUAAUACUACAUCGCCGCGAUCUGGGCGCCCGCGCAAGAUCUCUGAAGAUGAUCGUGAUCGUAUGUUUGAGGCAAUCCAUGGCAAUCCACGUACCAAAAUUGAAGAUCUAAUGGAUGCUUGUGAUCGUCAGGUCCAUCGGCAAUCAAUCUGGCGCCUUCUCAAAGAAGCAAAUAUGCGAAAAUGGCGAUGUAUGCACCGUCCCGAGUUAACUGAUGAAUGGGCUUCAAAACGACUUCAGUGGGCCUUAACCUGGCAAAAUUUAACCCCUGAAGAAUGGAAAUUAAGACUCUACUGGUCUGAUGAAUCAACAGUUGAAAGGGGAAAGGGUGCUCGUCAGGAAUGGACCUUUACAAGACCAAAAUAUCAGGCUGAAACUCGCGAUGUUCAAACUUUCUCGUAUAAAGGAGUUAAACAAAUGUUUUGGGCUGCUUUUUCAGGCUGUGGACGUCGAACUAGCUUAAUUCCACUCUAUCCACCAGUCAAUGAAGAGGGUGAGAUUGUCGGAGGAAUUAAUCGCUGGGUUAUUCUUGAACUAUAUCAAUCAGUUCUUCCAACCUUAAUCAAUAGCAAUGAAAAUGCAGUUUUUAUGCAAGACAAUGCCCCUGUUCAUACGGCAUAUGUUGUUAGAGUCUGGCUAAGAGAUCAAGACUUCGAGGUAAUGGUUUAG